GAUGUCUGCAAGAAGUCUGAUCGCCGUGACAGCCGUUCUCCUCUGCAUCGCUCUGGGUCUGGUCAAUCCAGCUCAAGCUGCCAGAGUUUCCAGCAGGUCCAUUCCUUGUUGUACAACAUUCAACAAGAAGCCAAUUCCACCUAAAGUUGUUGUUGGCUACAGAAAAAUACCUGCAACUAGAACCUGCCGCAUGGAGGCGAUCAUUUUCUACACCAUAAAGGAGAAUGUGAUAUGUGCAAGACCAGAGGAUGAGUGGGUGAAGCCAAUUCUGGAAUUACUCAGUUUAAAACUGAGGAAGUUGGCCAAACCCGCCACUGAUGAAACUCAGACUGAGAGAAGCGUAACUCCAGCAGUCCAUGAUGGAAGUGGACCUUUUUCCAGCACCACCGACAUCAACACCGACAGCACUGAAGGUUUCUACUUCUAAAAAGGAAGGAUUUUUUUUUUCAACAAAAAUGAAACCAGCUUGGAUUCAGUCAUACUGUGGAUAUUAUCUCUGCAAAAGUACAAUACUGCUUUAUACAUUUUUAUUCUUAUACAUAUCCAGCAUUAACAAGUAAUCCCAAUUUAAGGGGAGACUGGGGAGAGCAGAUGUGAGCAUGUUGGUUUAGCUUAUAUACUUCAUCUGUGCCAAUAGUUAGGUUUCAUCCACUAGUUUUUAAGAAAAUUUUGCAUGUAAAAAGUCCUAAUUAAAAACACUUGCCGAUGUAAUGCACAAGACAAUCAGGCUGCAGACUGCUAUUCUCAGACACCUGCCUCUGCAGAUGACAAGCUUUCAGACUCCACCACUGUCAGGACAGAAAUGCACACAAAAACUUACAAAACAAACAGAACAGACACCAAAACUUUGUAAAAUAAUCAGAUCACACCUCUGAUUAGGAUUAGGGUAAGGGUUAAGGUUGCGGCAGGCUGGGCUACGAAUGGCCUGAACAGUAAAACUGAGCAUUUUUGUUGAUGACUUUAAGCCUUUUGCAUCAAAAGUAAAAAAAAAAAACCCUCAUCCUUCAUGAAAACA